AGCGGAGAAGGAUAGCAGUAGUUUUUUGUCCGAGAAGCUCUGGGGAUCGCCAAAGCGAUCUCCGGAGCUGAGUCUAGUAAAAAUUAAAAAAAAGGAGUGAAUUUUUGUUGUCCACUCUCUGUAGCUUUCCCUUAUCUUCCUCUCUCCCCCUCGGUCGCCAUGGAUUUCGACGACCAUGAUGAAGCCGAGGAGGAGAUGGGGCUCUCCAACUACGAACCCGGGUUGGGUAAUUCCGGCCGGGAGAAACCCACUGUAACCGGAGCGGGCGCAGCUGGAGUUUCGGAUCCCGGCGGUGGGUCGAGUAACCGUAAACCGACAGCUGGCGUUCGUUACCGCGAGUGUUUGAAGAACCACGCGGUGAGCAUCGGCGGCCACGCGGUUGACGGCUGCGGCGAGUUUUUGCCGGCCGGGGAAGAAGGCUCCCUCGACGCGCUCCGCUGCGCCGCCUGUAGCUGCCACCGUAAUUUCCACCGCAAGGAAGUCGAGGGAGGAGGGGAACCCUCUCCGGGAUCUUCGGCCGCUGCGGCGGCCGCGGCGGCAGGGUUUCACUCUCCAUUCUCCCCUUACUAUCGCACGCCGGCAGGCUAUCUUCACCACCAUCACCAACAUCAGUACGCCGCGGCUGCCGCGGCAGCAGCAGCCGCGCAUCAUCACCACCGACCGGUACCACUCGCGCUGCCGUCGACCUCCGGUGGAGGGCAUAGCAGAGAGGAGCUGGAGGACGUCUCAAAUCCAAUGAGUUUCGGCUUCGGCGGCGCGGCCACAGGGCCGUCUUCCUCGUCUGGUAAGAAGCGGUUUCGCACCAAGUUCACGCAGGAGCAGAAGGAUAAGAUGCUGGCAUUCGCUGAAGCGGUGGGGUGGCGGCUUCAGAAGCACGACGAAGCUGCAGUGCAGCAGUUCUGUAAUGAAACAUCAGUGAAGCGCCACGUUCUUAAGGUUUGGAUGCACAAUAACAAGCACACCCUUGGUAAGAAACCAUGAGAUCCUCCUCUUUCUUCAUUUGUGUCGGCUGCUGGUUAUCUAGGGGUAGCUUUUGUUUUUGCUUCUUACGGUUUAUUUCAGGUUUUUUAGUUGGCGCGGUAGCUUAAUUACUUUUUAUGCUGGGUAGAGAGGGAGAUGUAUGGGCCAUUGCUCAUUGAGUUGGUUGUUAUAUUAUAGAAACUUGUGGAUGGGGAAGUGGGAGUGGGGGUAAAUCACUGUUUGAUUCCUUGGUGUUUGUUAAAUUUCUUCGGCUGCUCUCCCGUCCCUCUUCUUCCACUUUGGGGUUGUAUUAAUUAAUUUGUCGCUUGUGUUUAAUCCAUUGUAUGUAACUCUCUCUCUCUCUCAUUAGAAUGACAAAGAGUAGCGCUCCACGAGAGCCUGAUUCUGUGAA